AACAAGCCCCCGGAGUUCCCACGCUGGUAGUGUGGCAGUCCAUAGGCACCGUAUUGCGUGAGACGAACCGGACGGCGCCGGGCCAUCAUUCGUCGGCCCGAGCGAUGGCGCUGUUCCGGGGAAUGUGGAGCGUGCUAAAAGCACUGGGGCGCACGGGGGUCGAGAUGUGCGCGGGCUGCGGGGGUCGCAUCCCCUCGUCUAUCAGUCUUGUCUGUAUUCCGAAGUGUUUUUCCAGCAUGGGUAGCUAUCCAAAGAAACCUAUGAGUUCAUACCUUCGAUUUUCCACAGAACAGCUACCCAAAUUUAAAGCUAAACACCCAGAUGCAAAACUUUCAGAAUUGGUUAGGAAAAUUGCAGCCCUGUGGAGGGAGCUACCAGAAGCAGAAAAAAAGGUUUAUGAAGCUGAUUUUAAAGCUGAGUGGAAAGCAUACAAAGAAGCUGUGAGCAAGUAUAAAGAGCAGCUAACUCCAAGUCAGCUGAUGGGUAUGGAGAAGGAGGCCCGGCAGAGACGGUUAAAAAAGAAAGCACUGGUAAAGAGAAGAGAAUUAAUUUUGCUUGGAAAACCAAAAAGACCUCGUUCAGCAUAUAACAUUUAUGUAUCUGAAAGCUUCCAGGAGGCAAAGGAUGAUUCGGCUCAGGGAAAAUUGAAGCUUGUAAAUGAGGCUUGGAAAAAUCUGUCUCCUGAGGAAAAGCAGGCAUAUAUUCAGCUUGCUAAAGAUGAUAGGAUUCGUUACGACAAUGAAAUGAAGUCUUGGGAAGAGCAGAUGGCUGAAGUUGGACGAAGUGAUCUCAUCCGUCGAAGUGUGAAACGAUCCGGAGACAUCUCUGAGCAUUAAGAUGGAAGACGGAGUUGUCAUUGGGAUUAGGCCCAAGAAACCAGUUAGGUCUCAAAGCCUUAAAGUGUCAAACUAGAACGGAUAAAGGUGGUUAACCUUUGACAUUCAGAUCAUUUUUCUGUAGCCAUGGACUUUCUGUUAAUACUUUGAGCCUUGACAGAAGAUGAUGCUGAGUUCUGCCUUUUGCUUAAGAACUGGAACGGAGACUGUCCAUGCAUCUGCAUGCAGUGGUGAAUCAUUCUGCAUUUGAUGGGCUAGAUAGACUGUGAAGUGACUUUCACACUGGUGACAGUUGUGUGGUGGUUUUGUGAUGUUUUUACACUGAUGACCGUUACAUAUGGGUGUGGCCCUUGGGUCCCAGGCCGGACCUGCUCUCCCAGCUGUGGCAGAGCUGUGGAUAACUGCAUUUUCAAAGAAGCUGCCAGGCUUUCCUAGAUGAAAUGAUUCCUAGACAUAAAUCAUGUGUAAGUUGAUGUUUGUAUAUAAUAAGCGAUUGCUGAUGUCCUGAUAGCAUUUUAUAGUAGUAACAGAGAGAUUUACACAUCUUUCUCAAAUUAAGAAAUUAUGUACCAAGUCUAUGCAUAGGUUUUUCUUGCAUAGAAUAAAAACUCUAAUUUUCCAAACAUGUUUCUGAAAUUAUGUAUUUUAAGAUGAACCAUUUGGUUAACAGAUUUUUUUUUUUUCAAUUUUAGGUAGGGACUUUAGAAAUUACUUUUCAUUUGAGAGUAUUCAUAGAGCUUGUGUGGUAUAAAUUUUUAAAUGAGAAAAUGUGAAAAACAAGUCUGCAAAGUCAGAAAUCUGAAAGCUUAUCCAUGACAGCUAAAGGCCUAUGCAGGAGAAAGCCAACUGUGGUGAGCCAGCCAGGUCCAGCUCACUAACUGCUCUUCAGGGCCUACUCAUCAAGAAAUGGAUUUAUGUUCUAAAUAGGUUUUUAAAAAGGAAAGUAUCAGUGUGAAAAUUAAUAUGAUCUUUAGUGUUUGUGAAUAGAAUUUCUUGGAACACAGCCACAUGCUUUCUUGGGUUUGUUGUGUGUGGGUGCUCUGUGCUCCAGAGACUACACUGGGAAACCACAGCAUACAGGGAUGGCCCUUCGCAGACAGUUUGCCACCAUGGUGUCUCACGGCCACUGGCCAUGCAAGGCUUUUCCUCAGAUGUCCUUGAUGUUUCUGUGAUAUUGUCACCCUAUCUUGGGGUCAUCACUGGGUCCCUAUAAGCCUAACUGUUCUCUGUGUUAGCAAGGAAAAUAUUCUUUAACCUGGAAUCCUGGUGUAGCACAGUACAGAAGACCACUGUGUGGAGCGAGACCCUCCUAAUCUUUACUGUUGCACAGGAAAAAGUGUCUUCCCCACUUUGAGCUGGCAAAUCCCAUAAGCCCUUAGAGAACUCAUGGCUUCAACCACCACACCACUGAGCAGAUCUCUGAGACACAGGACAACAGAGUUCAUACUCAUGUAUGUUUUGUAUUGAGGAGGCUUAGAGAUUGUACAUUUUGGGAAAGUAAGUUUGCAGUCACUGAACUUGACAAGGUAGGAACAGAAGAACGCAUGGAGGAGAGAUGUAAGAGUUAUAUAUGUAAAACAGGGUAUUUGAGCUGGGUAGAAAACUUGCCUAGAAUGUACAAGGCCUUGGAUCCAAAUCCCAGAACUGCAACUCUCCCCAGAAGAGAUAAUCAGAAUUUUAGAGAUGAAUUUAAGAAAAUAUAAUUUUUCCCGUGGAUUGGAAUUCUGGGUUGUUGGAUGGCAUGGGUUUAAGCCAUAGUUUGAAGGUGGUGGAAGGAGGCCAGUGUGAACCAGUGCAGUCUGUCUUUCCAAAGUGCAAAUCCAGGAGAGACGUGAGCUCUACACGCCCCUGGUUUCUGGAAAGGAACUAACUCCAAGCUGUCCUUAGAAUGGAGAAAAUGGUGACUCAGAGAAUUGACCAUGUGCUUCAGAGCAACUCAGGAGCAGCAGGCACUACAGCGAUACAGGGAUGCCCGGACCUCUAAGAUGUAACUACUUAGCUCCUAGCUUUCCAGGCACCCUGCAGAGUGUUCAAGGACUCGGAGCUCAGUCUGGGAAGGGAAUGGGAAAGGUAGAGGCCUGGGCGGAAGCCUUCUCAUGGUACUUGGUUCAGUUUGGUUUUCCUUGUUUGUAAAACAAGCUUACUGAUAACAUUGUAAUCUGCUUUCCAUGUCCUGUUUUCUAACGACAGAGUCUCUUUUAAGCAAAAGCAGUUGCCAGAGGAUCGGGGAGGUGUUGGGAGGAGCUGAAGGCAUGCGGUGAAGCUGCACAAGCUGACAAGGGCUCAGUGCUGUUUCUACUUAUUGUCAUGUAACUGCAAUUGGGCUGCCCUGUUUUCCAGUAUCCUUAAAAACAACAAACCCUAGUUGGUCUAAGUGUGAACCUCUGAAUUUAAAGCUGGUGUUAGCAUACGGAUGUACAGUAGCUAGAAAGCCUUCCUGGGUUCACCCGCACGCACUGGACCACCAGGGGGCGCUGAAACCACAGCUUUAAUGCAGACGGAGCCAUAGUGCCCAUCAGUUCUGUUUGGCCAUAUUAUAAGAAUUUUCUUCCUCUGAUAGCAACCCUCCUUUCUCCCAGGUUUUGUUUAUUUGUUUUUGUUUGUUUGUUUGUUUGUUUGUUUGUUUUUCGAGACAGGGUUUCUCUGCGUUGCCCUGCCUGUCCUGUAACUCACUUUGUAGACCAGCUGGCUGUAGACUCGGAGACCUACCUCAGAUUAAGUGCUGAGAUUAAGAGCUUGCCUCACCACCACCAUCAGGCUUCCUCCCUCCUCUUCCGAAUUUGCCACCAGCCUGUCACUGACAAGUUUGCAAAUGCUAAAACAGUGCCUGUAUGUUUUGAAGUGUAAAGAACAUAUUUCUUUUUUUGUAAUUGAGCUUAAGAGAUAAAAUGAAUGUAUUACUCAUUUGUAAAACUUCCUAAGCAAAAGGUAAAAUUAUGCACAACUGGUAACCAUCAAUUGUUUAUCAUUCACAAAUCAAAUAUUUUCGUUAUUUAACCACUGAUAGUAAUUCAUUAUAAAACCAUUCUUUUGCACAGUUAGGAAUGCUGACCAAGAAACUGCAUUAUUUAAAUUAAAUGCU